UCUCUUGAGGUAUAUCUUCAAGGAAUUAUUUCCAAGAACGGAAGAAGAUUUGGGAGUGACCUGCUCUGUAAUCAGAGAGAGUGUGUGUAAUUGACUGUGCUGCCGCGUUAAAUUAGCCUAAUAAAUGCGGCUGGUUGGGGAACCACUGGGGGGCAAGCAAGCAGUGCGUCACAUCCCUGGGAAAAAAGAGGAGAGAUUUCAAUGGAAUCAACAAACAUGCGCGUGUGUCCCCCUGCCAGUGGUCACAGUCCCGAGCCUGCUGGACUGAGAUGAUGACAAGCCUCGUAGCGUUACAGGUGAAUGAAUCUGCUCGAGUGAGAGCUCUUCUUACCUUCCAGGCUCUCUAAACAGACACCUCAGACCAUGGAGGACGAGCAGGUGAUUUUCUGACCUGAGCGCGAGUUUUCCGACUUCUUCUUUUCGUCACCUGAAUGACGGCGAAAUGAAAUUCCUCUGGCCGUCAGCGAUAAAACGCGCCCAAGUCACGGAAGGAGAAAAUCGCGAGCAAUGAAGAAGAGCAGCAGCAUGCGAAGAAGGUAAAGCAGAAGAAAAGUUCAUCAUCUAGCCGAGGCUCGGGUGUUCAGUAAGUGAACAGGCGGAGAGAAACCCAUGCGCACAGGCAGCGCGCUUUCUGCUGGAGUGUAGAGCAGUGUGUGAAAGACUCGAAAGAGUUUAACCGGUUGUUUGUUUUUUGUGAAAGAAGAAAAAGAGUGAAUCAUGGCAGCGGAGGGAUCCGGAGGCUUGGCACAGUCUGCCGCGGUUAAACUGUCCGAGAUGGGCGAAAGAACUAAACAGUUAGGCACCGCUAUCCAGGACCCCGAGCGACAGCGGAGGAUCAUUCUAGUGAUUGUCUGUGUGGCACUUUUGUUAGAUAAUAUGCUUUACAUGGUGAUCGUACCAAUUGUACCAGAUUAUUUAGCCCGUCUAGAAAGUCAAUCAGAGCAGUCCCACCAUGUGGUGCUCUCAAAUUCCACAAACAGCAGCUCACAAACCAACUUCCCGGCAGAGAACUUGGAUCUGCAGGUCGGUGUCCUUUUUGCCUCUAAAGCCAUUCUGCAGCUCAUUGUCAACCCUCUGACGGGGACCUUCAUAGACCGAGUCGGAUACGACAUCCCACUUCUAAUCGGACUUUCCAUCAUGUUCGUGUCCACCUGCAUUUUUGCCUUUGCCGAGAAUUACGCGACCAUGUUCGUGGCUCGCAGCAUGCAGGGUCUCGGCUCUGCCUUCGCGGACACUGCUGGGAUUGCUAUGAUAGCAGACACGUACACGGAGGAGGCAGAGAGAAGUCGAGCCCUGGGCAUUGCCUUGGCUUUCAUCUCCUUCGGCAGCCUGGCGGCGCCCCCCUUUGGCGGGGUGUUGUACCAGUUCGCGGGGAAGCGUGUCCCCUUCAUCGCGCUCGCCUGCGUGUGCCUAGCUGAUGGUAUACUGUGUUUAACUGUGCUCAAGCCGUUCUCCAGCAGGACUAGAGAAAACAUGCCCGUUGGCCCCCCCAUUUAUAAACUCAUGAUUGACCCCUACAUAGCCGUAGUGGCAGGUGCGCUGACGACCUGUAACAUACCCCUCGCCUUUCUAGAACCCACUAUUGCAAACUGGAUGGAAGAGACCAUGGACUCGUCCCAGUGGCAGAUUGGCCUCACCUGGCUGCCGGCUUUUUUCCCGCACGUUUUGGGGGUCUACAUCACUGUGAAGCUGGCAGCCCAGUACCCACACUUGCAGUGGUUCUACGGGGCUCUUGGCAUGGUCAUUAUCGGGGCUAGCUCUUGCACUGUGCCAGCAUGCAAAAACUUUGAACAGCUCAUCAUCCCCUUGUGCGGCAUCUGCUUUGGCAUCGCGUUAGUGGACACUGCUCUACUGCCCACCCUCGCGUUCCUGGUCGAUGUGCGCCACGUGUCCGUGUACGGCAGCGUGUACGCGAUUGCGGACAUUUCCUACUGCGUCGCCUACGCGAUGGGUCCGAUCGUGGCCGGCAAGAUAGUGCAUGACCUCGGCUUUGUGCAGCUAAACCUGGGUAUGGGCCUCGCCAACGUGCUUUACGCACCGGCACUGCUCCUGUUGCGCAACGUGUGCAUGAUGAAGCCUUCCCAUUCCGAGAGGAACAUGCUGCUGGAAGAGGGGGCCACGGGUCUCUACGACACCAUCCGGAUGGAAGAACGCCAAGCCAGAAAGCACGGCUACAGCACCUCGGGAAACUGCCUGCCUGUGGACGAGAACGGCACUUUUGCUGGGAACACGAGGUCGUACUCUGAAGAGGAGACGUCUGAACCUGAAUACAUCUAAACUCCCACACACGUACCACCCACUGUUUAAUGUUUAAUUGGGCCGAUUUCCCUGACACAUUCUAAGGCUACAUAUGAGGCUUCACUAAAGAAUCCUCCUCAGAUUGUAGACUUAAACUGUGUCUGGAAAAGCAGCCUUUAAUGUUGUAACCCAUAGCCGUAGAUUGCAAUCCUUUCAGACUGGUGGAAAAUGUGCAACCUACAAAACAUAGAAGGUAUAUAAUAUAAAACUGUCAAAAAAAAAGUCAUGACAUUCAGAUUACAAUUAAAACAACUCGAUCAUGUUCUGUUUUUUUCUUUCAUUUUUCUGAAGAAAACAUAUCUGUGACCAUCUUCUUCAAGAUUUAUUUACGAAAGUAGUUUAAGCAGUGUACUGAUUUAUCCUCAGUAAAACACAUCUGUAUUGUAUCAGUGUAUCAAAAUGCAUUCAGGGAUAUAAACACGGUGUGAAUGCACAUAUGGAAAUGUGCGCCAGAGUUCCAAGUAGGCUUAAGCUAUACUGCUGUUCUGCGGUUUUGUGCUGCUAAUAAAAUAAUAUGCAAUGUCACUUGACACUUUCAUGGAUUAAAUGGAUGGAUCUAGUGUGUGUACCCUGCGUCUCCACUGUCUGUGGCAUAUGUAGCCUGUAAUAUUGUUAGAGUUUAUUUCUGGAAUGCGUCCGUGUAUAUUAUGGAACAUAAACUGUAUAUAAUGUGUAUAUCAAGUGUACAUAAUUAAAACAUUAUGCUGGAGACAACAUUUCCUUGCA